AUGGUACAUGAUACAUGGAAACUUCGUAUGAAGAUGAAUCCUGUUCGUAUGAUUAUAGUGGUAGUGGCCAGCCUUUUAAUUCCGUCUGUCUGUAGUGAACACUUCCGAGAGGAGUUUACGUAUCUGACCGAUACAGCGGACACCGUGUCUAUUGAUUCUACAGGCAAAAUAAGGUCUAUUAUCGACUUAGACGACCGACACAUUGUCAAGCGGAUAAAAUGUUCAGACCAUAGAAUUUCGGUGGCCUUAAUUGAGUACGAACAUGUCAGUCUAUCCUGGACGACUGGUGAUCUCGUCGUAGGAAGUUCUACACAAACAUGCGCGACCGGAAGUAUCCUGCCCAAUUCUGACGUCAGGGGUAUCUUUGCUAAAAUAGACGUUAUAGAGCGUUUCCAGCGACACGUGGAGUUGUAUGUUACACAGGCAGAGGCGAUUGAACUGAUCGAAGAAGCUGAAAUAUUUAUAUCAGUAAACACUGAGGAUCCACCAGCAGCCGUGAAAACACGUAAAAAACGUCAUAUGUCGAACGUUCUGAAGGAUCUUCUCAGCGACAUUGACUGGAACAACACCAUGGAUACGCAAAUUCCAUUUAACAGAGACAACGUAGCAAUACAUUUAAGUAAGCCAUCCGGUGCUCCCCAAGCAGUCCUUAACACAGACAGAGCUGAGAACGGUGACCGGAGUACAACAAACGAUUUUGUAUUCACAUGUUCAGACUGCAAAGGGACGACUGAUCUUAAGUAUAAAUUACGAGUCAAAAUCGACAAAGUCAUGAACAAGCCAGUUAUCCGGGUAUUCCAAACAGAGGUUGACGGAGAAUUUAGAGGACAGUACAACUUUAACUCGUCAGCUGAAACCAACAUGACAUUCAGCUACGACGGACCACUUUGGAAAACAGAACCAGCAAUUUACCUUAAGGUUCCCAUCGCUACAUUUGCUCGACUUCCGAUGGUUGAGGUCAUUGUUAAAGCCCACACCGAGGCUUUCCUUGCCGUUAACAUGACAACACUACAACCGUUCCGGAUCGCUCAUAACAUAACCACCAGAGGGAAUUAUGUAUACUCGGAUGAAAUACAAGAUGGUGAACCUACAGGCGCUAUGUCAUUUCCAGAGUGGACAACUUCGGGGACAACAUCAUUAUUGGACACCAAUGAGAUGUUUAGCCUCCACGCAAUAGUAACACACAAGAUUCAUCUGAAGCCAUACAUUGGAUGGUCCCUUCGUGAUAUCACCAUGGAUUUCGGCACACCGUAUGAAAUACUAUUGCAUCAACACCUGGAGACUGAUUCGAGUGUUACAGAUACGACAUACUGUACUAGCAGUGUGUCUGAAAUAACAGGGUCCUGGAACCACAUCACCAACACACUUGACGUUGAGGCGUUCGACAUACCUAUUUGGGAUGUCAUUUUAGAACAAGGACAGAAAGCUAAUACAUCGAUAUAUAAAAAGGAAAUAGCGAAGACAUGUCGAGCAAAUUGUGCUGAUCCUAUUAUCACCGACCAAAAAGAAUUAUCUAUGGAGGCCGUAUGUGGUGACGCGGAAACACCGAUUUACAGACACAGCAUUAACUUCGACAGACUCACAGAGCUUUUUGGGAAUCUCAUAACGUUUCCGGACACAGCAUCUCAAUCAGAGUGGUGUGGUCAACCUGGGGUGUUGUGUACACGGUGCGAGAAUCAAGGGAGUACGAUAUGCGCAAAUCGACUUCUAAACGCACAAAUGGCAUCAACCAUCACCAGGCUUGCUAAAUUCGUGCAGUCAGAAUGGCCAGAUCGUAAUCUUAUCCUUCAAGAAGGCUGGAGCGAGCCGACGUCUAUAUACCCGGACGGUAAAUAUGGCAACAUGUCGUUGUUUUAUGAAGGUCGCGCCGCAAAAGUUGGAGUCAGUGUACCACUAACAUUAUCAAACGAGAGCAAUUCGCUCGAAGGAAGCCAGCAAAUCGUUCAUCGACUCCUUGAACUAGCAUCAUGUUCCGGGUUUACAUAUUAUGAAAUAUCACCAGGAACUGACAAAAAUAUAAUUGAUACGUGCUUGAAGAGACCUGUAGCCCGUAGAAGGAGGAAAAAGAGGGAAGCGUCAAGAAAAGAACUUGAGGACGCCGAAAGACAAGAGUUUCUUGACAAAUUGGCAAAUUUGGCUCUAAAAUCGACGCCUACUCCAACGUCCCAUUUCGAUAGUCACUCUACAUAUCCUAAGGACAAAGAGGCCAUUGCUAUUCUUGGUCCUGUUGACGAGGUUUUCACUGUAGAUAAUAACGCACAGAUGAUGAGAAUGAUACAGUAUUCAUCAGCUGAUGUGAGCUUUGCCCGUGAGGGUCCGGAGGAUUCUGCCUGUGGUACAGAUACCAGACGUUGUAAGGAUUGUAAGACGUACGAUAAAUCCGAUGACCCUUGGGACUGGUGCCUGACUCGAACAAUGACCCCUAGAAUGGCUCUUAGACUCCGACGACUUGCAAUUCUCAGUAAACAUCAACUGGAUGUAAUAGUGCCACAGGAGCUGGAUGAAGCCGACAUAAUGAUAUAUGGGAACGUUGGCAGAGCAUUGCGCUUUGAAACGACGAAUUCAACGUUCUCCCCGAUAUCGCUUGCCAACCUAGCGAUUGCUGCAGGGUUCGACUUCAUUGCUCUUUCCGGUACUUCAUAUGUUGACGUAUUUGUACGAGAUCAAGCGGGAUACUGGGCCACUCUAGAGAUCUAUCCACGAGUCAGUAUGUUACAUGUCAAUCCAGCAACUUCUGAAAUAGAUGACUAUAAACCAAUUUAUGUGAAAAAGAUUUCUGCCGAAACCAUUCCUGGCAUCGUCGAUGGCAUCAACGAAAAGCUACCCAUGUCAGAUAAUUACAUCGUCUCAGAUUUCAAACCAUUCGGAAGACGCUAUUUCCGAAUUGACGUGCGAUUGAUAGAAUGCUUGGAAGAAGUCACCAGUGAUUUAGGCAGCAAGUUGCGAAUUCUAGCGGGCUACAAAACAAGUUCCAUGAAUGACGAGAACAUCGAAGAGAGGCACGAGGAGGAGAAGAUAUUUUACACCCGAGGUCAAGCCGUGCAAAUAUCGGGGUAUAUGAUCGAUGAUGGUACACAUUUUGACCUUAAUGUUAUAGUAUCCUCGCUGAUAAAGAGUUGUGUACCUGCUCUCAGCCUAAAACAGAUGGUAUUGAGUAUCGGCUGUCAUGCUACAUUUAUCUAUGUUGAUAUAAGGGAGAAGAAUUCGGAUAUCUCUGUCAAUUUCUGGAAUGAAGGAAAUGACCAAUUAUAUAUGUUCACCAAAAAUUUGGUAGACAUUCAUCAAAAAGGAGGCGUUCUUGUGCAAAGCAAAAAUACUGGCACAAAAUGUGCAGAACAUCCAAUGGGAACAGAUGCGUUCUAUAUCAAAUAUGGAGACAGCGAUUGUAAUCCUGGUGGUUACUACGUCAACUUCUGUGAUGAUACCAAAUCACGUAGGAAGGACCAGUCCUCAAGCCUUGUUUCACAUCUGUGGUCGGGUGCACAGGCACUCUCAAAACCAGAACUUAAGAGACAAGCAGACGACUGUUUGGUUACUAACUGUGGAGGGUGCAUCGGCAAAGGGGAUAUCUGGAACAGGAAGCUGCGUGCAUGUUAUGGCCUCUUGAAGAUGAUCAUUGAGGCCACUGCGUCCCCUUUCCCAAAUAUGACGGAUAAUGCAGCAUUCUUUAACACAGAAAAGGACUCAAAGAUCCAUUCCCUAGCCUGUCACGAUGACAGCGUCUGUGUUGAAAAUCUCCCGCUCUUCUCAAACUUCAUUUCGACGGUGAACGAGAAAUACCGACCAUUCGAUGAUAAAAACAUUGAAGAGAUGUUGUUUGGUCCAGGUGACAACCCGUCUCCAGUACUGGAUAUGUUAGAGCAGGAAAUGGCAUAUCGGGUCAGAGGUCAUAUCCGGGUAUAUAUAGAAACAAAAGACGACUUGUCUGCUUUGGAACAAGUUUUGAAGAUUGUAAUGGUUUACAACAAAAAUGUUACGGAUGUCUCUGUUGAGAUAACGGACGAAACUCUCCGAGAUUUCACUAGAAGUCGAAUCCAAAAGAAACUUGACAAAUGGAGUAGUUCAGUUUGUCCGUAUCUCAGUCGACAAAUCAUUGCUCCGUACACCAUAUCUCUAUUACCGGAAGUUCGAACACGUCGUAGCAUAGAACUGAGUAAGGAACGGAACAAACGGAAGGCGCAAAUGCGGAACUGGGAACUUGAAUGGGCAUCGAAUAUCAGUCUGUGA